UACCACAGCCCAGCAAGCAGGGUAGAAGCUGGCUUCUUUUCCAGUUUGCCCCAGGCUUGGCUCCAGCAGCUUGGACCGAGGCUUCUCAGGGCCCUAGGUGCUCGCCUUCCCUCCUCCCUUAGCAACCGUGGACGCCAUCAAGCAGCAACUAGGAGGCUGCGGGGGAGCCCGGGUGAGGAAGGGCGGUGCCCAACGCAGGUACCCCAGAGUCCCGGCGCUGCAGCGCAGAGCCACCGCUACCCGCAUCUGCAGCUGCAGCGGAGUCCGAAAAGGAAUCUGCAAAAAUGAGCUAUUCUCACCCCGCUGGAUUACUUGCGACAUAUAAUAGCCUCACGGAUAAACACCUGGCUGGGUAUUUUAACAAUACCAGGAUCAGGAGGCACCUCCUAAGAUCCGGGCUGAUCACAAGAGGCGGGAGGAUACUUUCUGAGAAGGAAUACAAAGUCAACACCAUGAAGCAGGAUCACCAGAAGUACAUCCGAGAGUGCCUAGCCCAGGCCAUUUUCCACAAGGUCCUGGAUAUGGAGCGCCACCACCAGCUUGAAAUAAAAAGGAAACUGGACACCUUAGCUAAGAAAGAGCGGAUUCAGAGGCUAAAGGGAGAACACACAAGACGAUUUAUUGAAGACAACAUGCCCAUUCUGACUCCCCGCCCCCCGGCUGGACCAAAGACUAACCGUGGCCACAGCAUUCUGGCUGAGGAAGGACGUUCUAGUCCAUUAACACUGACGGCCCCUCGACCAUAUACUGCCCCAGGAAAUAUGCAGCCUCCGAUUCGAUUGCAGCCUCUUCUCAGUAAUCGCAAUGCAAGAGAUGGUUCAAAGAGAACUUCAGGGUCCAAACCCAAAGCCUCAUUGCUGGAAGGAGAAGCUCCAUUUCCUAUUGGGGGCAAGAAGGCAAUGAUGAAGUUCAGGAGCUCCGUUUACAAUUCGCGGAGGGAGGACUCCUACCAGCUUCCAAUCAUUAACAGUUACCCCACACCUGUUCCCCCGACACCCCAGCUCCCAGCAGGAGGGACCUGCAGGGAGAACAGGUUGGAGCCUUGGAGGAGGAGGAAGCUGCGACCCAUCACGGCUCCCAACGCCCUGGAGCCUCUCUUCAGCAAGGACCCAGGAAGGAUUUAUAAAGCAGCGCCACAUAGCAAUGCAGUCAUUACAAUGGUCUAUUUUGGGAAAAAUGUGCACCUAUCUUAUGACGACACAGACUUCCGAGAUGAAAUUAAGAUUUACCAACAGCACUGUGGAGGAGAAAACCUUUGUGUCUACAAAGGGAAACUGCUUGAGAAAGGCACCUUUCAGUUUAUCUCCAAACGGCACCAUGGCUUCCCCUUCAGCCUCACCUUCUUUCUGAACGGGAUUCAGGUGAACAGGCUCAGCUCCUGCUGCGAGUACAAGCACCGCAAGAGCUCGCGGCUAGGAGGCAAGAGAGGCUACUUUGGAUUUGUGUGUGUGGAGAAGGCAUCUCCUUGCUACAGGUGCAUUAUUGCAAUGGGCCUUGACAGAAAACCAUCUUUAAUAAAACCUAAGAAGGAAAAGACCAUUGAGAAAAAGGAGGAGCCACCAAAGAAGAGUCUGGGGAAACCAAGGAAGGACAGAGAGAAUGUGCUAUCAAAAAGAAACGAGAUGGGAUGGAAAGAAAUCUCUGCCUCAGCUGUUUGCUCAAUUGAGGAACUAGAAUCAGGAGUCAAAGAAGUGAGAACGGUUAUUGAAGAAAUGGGAUGGAAGGGCAAGCCAGGACAAGAUGCUUGGGAAGAGGACCAGGAAAACACUGUUAAAUAUGAGUAUGAAGAAGAUUUCGAAGCAGAGGAGGAGAAACAAGAUGAGAGAGCUGAUGAGCAGAGCCUGGCUGAGGACCAGAUGAGUACAACAUCCAAGUCACCCUCCGAAGGGGAAUAUGAUAACUUAAUCCCUGAACAGGAGAUUGAAACCUCUUCGGAGCAGGCACUAGAUGCCCAUGCCAGUGGGGACCACGAGGAAGAAGGAUGCUUGGACAGUGACGAGGAAAAACAAGAUGAUAAAACCGUUUCAUCGAUCUCAUCUAGAAGUCACCCCUACUCUAGCGAUAGUGAAAAUGAAUUUGCGGAGGUGUGCGUGGAAGCCCACUCUGGACACAGCGCAGGAAGUUCCCAAAGCUCCUCGUCUCUUGACCUACAGGAAAAUGAUGACCAAGGAAAACCCCGCUGUGCAGUCGAGGACUCCUUGGAAACUGAGACCAAAGAGCAAGAAACGGCAAAGGCAGAUGUGGAUGACGCGCCUCUGUUGACAGAGGUCAGCUGUACGCACCCUACUGAAGAAGAACCAGUGAAGGAAACCCAAGAGUUUAUAGAGAGUGAAACCGGGGAGUUUGGGCAGCCUGCUUCUCCAGAGGCUGAGAGUCAUCUUCAGGAAGGAGGCGGCGUCCCUACGGCGGAGGACACAAAAGCAGGCCUCCUGGUGGUGGAAGAAGACGUUGGACAGAUAGCAGGUGAAGCCCAGGCACCUGGCCACAGUCGCUCUAAUACAUCAGCUGGACUUAGCAUCACAGAGGAUGGGGCGACUCCCAGGAGGAAACCAGAGGUCAACUUGGGUAGAGUGGUAGAGGGAAGAACAACCAUCAGCUCGAAUGAGCAACCCACGCAAGCUACACAAGAGGUGUGCAGAGCAAAGGGAGAAGACACGGAGAGAGAUGCGUCUCCCCGGGCUGAGGAUGGCGAAUCCUGUGAGGGACUGAGGGAGAAAGCAGAGAUGGAGGAAGAUGGUGCUCUCCACCUCCAGGAUGCUGAGGUGGAUGUGGGACUGAGGGAGAAAGCAGGGAUGGAGGAAGAUGGUGCUCUCCACCCCCAGGAUGCUGAUGUGGAUGUGGGACUGAGGGAGAAAGCAGGGAUGGAGGAAGAUGGUGCUCACCACCCCCAGGAUGCUGCCUUGGAUUUGGGACUGAGGGAGAAAGCAGGGAUUGCAGAUGUUCCCUUAGCUGGGAGGAGCCCCACAAGACAGCAGUCACCAUUACGGAAAGAGUCUACAGAGAAAAGGGAGCGCCCUCUGAGCAUAGCUAGUGAGGCAGAGGCAAGCACAGGAGGGAGUGACAGGCAUGGGGAGGAGUCGUCAAUCCCCACAGGAAGAGUAGCAGAGGGCCACUCUGUGUUCCUAAGUGUAGAGCCGACUCUGGACAGACAGAGAGAUGUGGAUCCCACCAGGCCGACCUCGCUGCAGACAGUGGUGGAGAAGGGGAGUGCAGUCUCUGAAGGGGAGCAGGGACUUGAGGAGGCCUUGCUCACAGACAGCACAAAGGUCAUCACAGAGAACCCUGGGCAAGCAGCAUGUCUGAAAGAAGCAGGGAGUUCUGAAGUGGAGGAGGCAGAAAGGGAGAUGGGCUGCCCCAAACCAGAUGUGGGCCAAGGCAAAGAGGGAGCCCAUACAGAACUAGGAGUUGUGAGGUCCAUGGAGGACGCAGCACCAGACAUAGAGGAUAGUUCUGAAGAGCCAAUAACUAGGGGCGAGAAAGCAGCCACAGAGAGGGAGGAAGUUCUGGAAAUCAAAGUACCCUUGAGCUCCUCAGUGGAAGAGACAUGGGAAAAGCCCAGGGAGGUUGUCCAGGGCAACCCACUCGAUAAGACAGACACAGCAAGGGAGGGAGUCACAGCUGACCCAGAAUUCACCCUGGAACAGGAUCUGCCUGUAGGGCUCCCUGGGGGAUUAGCAGCAGCUGGAGGCAGGGAGAAGGCUGAGAGGCCUCCAACACCUCCAAGGGAAACUGGAUCUGAAAGAGAAGAGGUGACAGGAGCCAAGGUGCUGACAAUAGAAGACCUGCUAGAAGAGCAAGAAGUUAAAGGGGGAAAAGAGGGCACAAUGAAGGGGGUGAGUUUUGAGGAAGAGGCCCACACAUCCCCUGACAAAACAGAGGCUGAUGCUGAGGACGCAGAACACAGGGUGGCAACUGAGUUGUGUGAGGCUACAAGGCUUCUAGAAGACCCACCCACAGAAAGAACCAUUGCCCUGUUUGAAGCAACGCCUCAUCUUGAAAAAUCACUGGAAGAGAGUGAAGCUACAGCCUCAGAGCACAGAGGAGAAGAGCUCCUGGACCAGGAGAGCAGCAAGGCUCUGUCUCAGCCGGGGAGGGGGCCCAGCCAUGGAGAAGAGGGGCUGUUAGGAGCUCCUGGACCUGAGUCAGCAAACCAACCUCAGGUACCAGAGACCCUUCCCACAGCCAGAGGGGAGGAGCGGUCUGCUAAGGAGCUAAACAGCCACUCAGGACUAGAAGGGCUGGGUGAAGAUGGAGCUUUGCAAAUGCAAGGAGGGGGCACCAUGAUAGUGACCCAGGGAAAUCUUCCUGAAGAAAGGCUCACCACAGCAGGGGUGUGUAGUGGAGGAGCUGAGGGUGAGAAGCCACAGGGAGAGGGGGAUGAGGAGAGAGAGUGCCCUCCAGGGACAGUGACUGCUGCCCUAACAGGCCAGAACUGGGCCGUGGGAGGAAGUGCAAUUAAGGCUGAGGAAGAUCUUCCUGAGAGAAGAGUUGAAGAAACAGCUGCAGAGCAGAGGGAGGUGUUGGCAGAGUCCAAGUCAGCUGAUGAGGAUGCUGUGGCCCCCUCCUCUGCAGAUGGCCAGAAGAAAACCUGGGACAGGGCAGGUGAGGCUCCAGGAGGAACAGCAGCCGAAGAAAGGGCAGAGGCUGAGGACAUGGCUCCAAGAGCAGAGAAGGUGGCUGAGGUGGAGGCCCAACAGGGGCAGGCUCCUGAAUUGCAGGAGUCAAGGCCAGGGGAGGACAGAGAUAGAGGGGAUGUGAAGGCCUCUCAGGAUGCAGGUGCAGCUGGGGAGGAGGCAGGGACGAGGCAGCUGCAUGACGGUCACCAAUCAGGAGCAAAUGAAGACUUCAGAGGAUCUGUGUCUCAGAGAGAGUCAGAGCUUAGCAGAGUGUGUCCAGAGGCAACACCUUCCAGGAAGCUAGAAUUUUCUCGAACGCACAAGAAGCACCGGGAGGAACUGCAAGGAGAGAGUGAGAGUGCGGAUGUUCUGGUGAACACAACUGAGUAGAAGGGUCCAUGGCAGCUGGUGAGCUUCAGUUUGGUGUGUUUGCAGGGCAUCUAGAAGCCUGGCACAGGUCUCCUCUCUGUGUGGCGGGCCCCAUUGCUGUCUGCCGGUUUUCUUACAUGUAGCCUUCAGUUUCAUGCUGCUUAGCCCCAAUCUGGCCUGAAGGGUCAGGCAGACACGGGAGAGGGCCUAAGCGCACACCAGAGGCUGACCGGAUCUCUAUGUGACCCUUUGUUCAUAUCCCAUCUUUGUAAGUGGGGUUCCCUGAAGUGAUACCUGUGUGU